UAUGUGUAUAAAAAUGGAAUAAUUGUCAAAGUGUGUAUCACUGCCUCCUCCCCCUGUGGAGGAGUUAAGACUGCUGAAGGGUCGCUUCCGUACAGAAGAGUGAUGAAGCUUUCAUGUGUCUGAACUACAGAGUGAUUGGAAUAUGCUGCAGACGAUUUAUGAGAGUGAAUCAUGUUUUUCCUCAGAUGGGGUCUCUGGACGAGAGAAGCUCCUGGCACAGCACAGAAUGCACAGCAUGAUCAGUCCAGAUGUGAAGACUGAAGUUCCCGUGGGUUUGGAUCCCAUCACACCACUGGACCUACGGACGGAUCUAAGAACAGUGAUGCCUAUCUUAGAUCCUGGCUUACGAGAGAAGCAGCUGCAGCAAGAGUUAUUACUAAUUCAACAGCAGCAGCAGAUUCAGAAACAGCUGCUGAUUGCCGAGUUUCAGAAGCAGCACGAAAACCUCACAAGACAACACCAUGCCCAGCUGCAGGAGCACCUCAAGUUGCAGCAAGAACUUCUAGCAAUGAAACAAAAACAAGAGAUCUUAGAACGGGAGAAAGAGCACAAAAUGGAGCAACAGAGACAGGAACAAGAAGCAGAAAGGCAUCGCCGCGAGCAACAGCUGUCUCACCCUCGCAGUAAGGAAAGAGCAAAAGAACGAGCCGUGGCCAGCACUGAAGUAAAGCUGAAACUACAAGAAUUCCUUCUGAGUAAAUCCGCCACAAAAGAAUCCUAUACAAACGGAAACAGUCAUUCCAUAGGCCGCCACCCCAAGCUUUGGUACACGGCAGCACAUCAUACUUCAUUGGAUCAAAGCUCUCCUCCACUAUGUGGGACCUCUCCAUCAUAUAAAUGUCCUCUCCCUGGAGCACAUGAUUCCAAAGAUGACUUUCCUUUAAGGAAAACUGCUUCAGAGCCCAAUUUGAAGGUUCGUUCUCGAUUAAAACAGAAGGUAGCAGAGAGGAGAAGUAGCCCUUUACUUAGAAGAAAAGAUGGCAAUGUCACCAGUUCAUAUAAAAAGAGAAUAUUUGAAGUUGCAGAGUCUUCAGUUAGCAGCAGCUCUCCAGUAUCUGGACCCAGCUCCCCAAAUAAUGGCCCAGUUGGCAUGGGUGUAGAGAAUGAAAACUCAACAUCACCAUCCAGCUUACAUGCUGAGCACUUGGUUUCCCAACAACAUAUUGUUCAUCAUGAAAAGUCGAUGAAUCUGCUAAGUCUAUACACAUCUCCAUCAUUACCCAAUAUUACCUUAGGACUUCCAGCAGCAGCUCCUCAACUCAGUGCCUCAUCUUCAUUAAAAGAGAAACAAAAGUACGAGCCUCAGGCACCCAGGCAGGGGGUGUCACUGCCUGGAUCAUAUGGUGGGGCCCUGCCUGUUUCUUCAGCUCAUGCAUCCCUGGAGGGCAAGACCAACAGCAGCCACCAGGCCUUACUGCAGCACUUACUGCUGAAAGAACAGUUGCGACAACAAAAGAUUUUAGCUACAGGUAGUGCUGCAAUUCUUCAUCAGUCUCCACUUACAGCAAAAGAGAGAAUUUCUCCGACAGGCAGGGUGGCCCACAAACUGCCUCGGCACCGGCCCCUGCACAGAACACAGUCGGCUCCGCUGCCUCACAGCACUCUGGCCCAGCUUGUCAUUCAGCAGCAGCACCAGCAGUUUCUGGAGAAGCAGAAACAAUAUCAGCAACAAAUCCAAAUGAACAAAAUGCUUUCAAAAUCAAUUGAACAACUUCGCCAGCCUGGAAGCCAUCUAGAGGAAGCUGAAGAAGAACAGCAAAGUGAUUACCCGAUGCGAGAAGAGAGGGGCUUCUGCUUAGCCAACAUAAGAAGUCACAGCAGUACUGACGUCAGAACUGACCACUUCGGACCUGUGAAGGUGAAAGAGGAGCCACCAGACAGUGACGAUGAAAGCCAAACAACACACCAAUCUAAUCAGAAAUCAGCUUUUAUGCAACAGGUAAUAGGCAAAGAAUUAGCGCCAGGAUUUGUUAUUAAAGUUGUCCUUUGA